AUGGGCCAGAAAGGACUGCUUCGGCUGCUCGUCGGGUUCCUGCUGACCUACCCUUCAGCAGGAUGGACAGGCCCCUCGGGCGGUACCGACAAUGUCUCUGGUGUGGUUAUUCAUGAUCCCGAUGGCUUGCUGGGUCGGAGCGCAUGGUCCCAGGAUACCGGAAAGUUGUCCUCGCUGUUGCAAAGCUUCGAAGCGAGCAUGGGCUCUAGACACCUCGGCCAGUUCGCUGUGCAUGCGGGCAUUGCCUUCGUGGAUUCGGACGGGCUGUCGCAUGUCCAAGCAGAUCUCUUGGCGCAGGAAUUGGGCUUCAAUGGAGCAGAGCUUGGAGUGUUGGUGGCCCUCAGCGCAGUGUCGGUAGCUCUUGCUGGCUCCCUGCUACAAGCACAGCUGCCGGGUGGUGAGGAGCACCUGCUGGAAUCUGACGAGUGGCUGUCUGCAGAGGCACUUUGCCAAGCCCUCCUGCGAUCAGGCGAUUACCUCUCUGCUGCUGAGGCUGCGCUCCGCGGCAUUCUGCAGGCCCUCACCCAUUCGAUUGAGAGCAUCGCCCCGCACGGCAGCUUCAAGCAGAAAGAGCUCGACAAGUGGGAGUCUGAGUACCAGGUUGGCGAGGUAUGGCUCAACAUGUGUGGGGAGAAGGUUUGUCGAGAGCUGGUGUUGGGCGAUGUCCGGCAGCUCAGUGAUGGAUUCGAGCGGUACUACCACGAGGCCUUAGUCUAUCCAGCUCUGAGCUUGCUGGGUUCGCAGAAGCGAAAGGUCUUGAUCCUGGGUGGCGGUGAUGGCGGCGUUGCAACCGCUGCACUGCGCUUUGACACUGUGGAGCAGAUCGUCAAUGUGGACAUCGACAGCUUCGUCACGCAGGCAGCUACAAAGUGGUUUCCGAAAGUGGCAGCUGGCCUCAAUGACAGCAGAUGCGAAAUGCUACAUCUGGAUGCGUUUUCGUGGGUGGAGGAGCAGUACAAAAGUGGCAGAUCUACUUUUGACCUUAUAGUGAUCGACUUCACUGAUGAGCCCGUGAAGGGGGCUUGGUCGAAGAAGUUCUUCUCAGAGGUGAGAGGUUUGCUCACCAAAGAUGGCAUUGUGGUGCAGAAUGUUGGCACGAUCGCAAACCCAGAAGACAUGCGCAAGCUCUACGGCCUUCAUGCAGAUAUGUUUCCGGCUGUCUUUCCUCUGCAUGCAAUGAUUCCGGACUACUUGGGUCCGUACAUGCUGGUUCUGAGCAGCGCGAAACCACUGGAUCCAGCAGCUGUGGAUUGGGACCACUGGCAAAGGCAGCAGAUUCUGGGACAGUAUUAUGGUGGAGCAGCUCAGCAUCACGCUCUCUUCCGACACAUCCCGGCUGAUGUGUCUCGUUUGCUGGGAUUGUCGCUGAGCUUUGACGAGAAGGGGUCUUUGCCGGCUCCAUCUUCUGUCGUUCGACCGCUUCCCUUUUUCAAAAGGGUGACGUCCAGCAAAGAGAAGGUCAUCGACAAGAUGAAGGGGAUCGAUGGCAGCAAGGUGCAAGUGUCGGCGGAGGGUAGCUCUCUGAGUUUCUAUCAGGACCGUGACUUGCUUCUGGACGAGAAAUCCCUAGAGAGAGAUGAGGUCCUCGCACUCCCAGCCUUGGCUGUUCUCGGUAGUCGGGCCCAGUCCGUUCUUGUCCUGGGUGGCGGGACAGGUGGAGUAGCAGCACUUGCGCUCAAGUGGCCGAGUGUCCAAAAGAUCGUGGUGGUUGAGGUGGACGAGGUCGUCCUGAAGGUCGUCAGAAAGCACUUCCCCAAGCAGGCUGAAGUCCUUUCGGACCCCCGGGUCGAGCUCGUCCUUGAGGAUGCUUUCGUGUGGCUCACGCAGGACAAGCGCAGCUUCGACUUAGUCGUCGUGAACAUGUUGGAUCAACCUUGGCUGCCUGCGAGGAGAACGACGAGAUUGCCUAGGACAAGGGCUUUCUACAGGCGGCUGAUGGCGAAGGUGGCCUCAGGAGGCUGCUUAACGCAGGAGGCUGGCAGUGCUGCAAUGCCAGAACAGUUUGGCAGCAUGUUGUCCAUCCAUCGCAGCGUCUUUGUGAGCACGUGGCCCAUAGCAAUGAGCAGCUCCAGCCCGCAGCCAGCAGUGCCAGGAGAUGAGUUUGAUGGCAUCUACUUCCGUUUGCCGCGACUCUUCCUGCUCAGCGCGGUGAAUGUACUAAGCCCGUUGCAGGCAUCCUGGGAACUUUGGCAAGGCUUCGUUGAUUCGGGAACAGUAACUACUUACUAUCACCCGGCCAUGCACGUCUCGCUGUUCACACUCCCUGCAGAGAUGCAGCGUCGCUUCGACGUGCCUCCACCUGCAAUAGCAACGAGAGACACUGAGGAAGCUCCACCUUCGCACCUGGUCCACACAUUCAUGACGGAGGCUUCAGGGUGCUCACCAGACUUGCUUAAUGACAUUCCAGGCACAGGCGAGCUUCUUCGGAGACUGGCGACGCUGGGCGACCUUACUGUGCUCGGACACCUGGAGCACAAGUUCCAUCCACAGGCGUGGGUUGGCAGCACCGACCACGGCUUCCCCAGCUGGGGCUGUCCUGAGCGCAUGAUAUCUGAACUGUCGGAGCUAUCCACACGUGGCCUGAACGCGGCUAUGCGGCCUGGUGCCUCAGCAACACCAUUGCCAGACGAUGAAAGGCUGAUGUUCCUUGCCCAGGUCGUCGAUGUGGUUUCGUGCAAAGCCCUCCGGCUGAUCACUCGCAAUGCGAUGGAGAUGGAGGCUGUGGCAUCGUUCUCAGCAAGUUUGUUUUGCGAGGACGCGGGCACACUGAGGACGACUGUACUUGAUUUCUUCGCGGGUUUGGUGCUUCACUACCAGAUGGCCGCACACUCGCCGCACCAGCCACUCCCGCCGCUGCUGCACUGCGAUAGAGCAACGCUAGACGAAGGGUACCACGAUGCUUGCCCCCUGGUGGAGGAAGGCGAUGAGAAUGCGCAGGUCGGGCCCUCUUACCGGCUUUGUUGUGGCUUCCUGGGCGACGACACAGACUCCGACCACAUCGCGGCGCCAGGAGCUGCUGGACACCUCGUUAUCCAGGGCAUGCCGGAGGGCUUCCGCGAGAUCGGCGUGCACCUCCAGAAAAUCAUCCGCAACAUGACCCAGGACGAUGUCGUGGACCCGUUUCCUGCACUUCCGCGGCAAGGCAUUGGUGGUGACACCUGGCACCAGAAGAUUGGCCAGAAAGGCGGUGACGCAUUGGGGGCACUCUGGUCUGGAGGCCAAGGCACCGUUCUGGACGUUGUCCCCAACGGCGUGCCUGACCUCGGGCAGGGCAAACCCGGGGCCUUGAUCCGAUCCCCCACGAGACGCAUCGCGGACCUGGAGCUGCUUGGAUCGCUCUUCCUGGUGGCUUUCCUGGCGGACAAGAACGACAUCGCUCAUCGCUGUCCAGUGAUCCCAUUGCUCCCGGACAACCAAGAAGACAUUUAUUCCCUCCUGGACAUCAAGUCCAGGAAAAUGCCCUCGGCGGCAAUCCUGAUGGAGCUCAUGCUCCUACUCCACCGGAAAGGGUGCAUCCUGGCUCCCUGGACAGGAACUUACGCACCCAGACUAUGA